AUGGCUAAUCGUACCACUUGUCCGUUGGGCAGUGACAACCAAUUCGGUCCACGCAUUGACUUUGAAUGUCGCCCUUUCGAUUUCACACUCCUUUUUGAAGAUGAAAUCUUCCACGUUCUUCCUGCAGCGAUAUUCCUGCUACUGAUACCUAUUCGACUUUUCUCGAUCGUGCGAACUCCAGUAAAAUUGACAACUUACAAAAUCGCCUUGUUGAAAUUGGGGCUCUUGGCUGCGCUCGGUGCAUUUCACCUAGCCUUCCUCAUCGUCCAGACCAAGACACCAUCGAUCAACACAACGCUCUCCCUCGCCUCGGGCAUCUUGACCUUCGUUGCCGUCCUCGCGGCAUCACUGCACUCGAUCCUCGAAGACCAGCGCUCAACACGCCCAUCCGAUCUCUUGAUUCUCUACUUCUCGGCCUCAACGAUUCUCGCUCUCCCUCGCCUUCGGACGCUCUGGCUCAUACCUUCGGCCAGCACGGCGAAGGCACUAUGGACGGCCAUCUUCGUUCUCACGGCGCUCGUGGUACCUCUGGAAUCAAUUGGCAAGAAGAAGUUCCUACAGACAACGUACCAAUCGCUCACUAAAGAGGAAGAGACCGGCUUCUGGGGUCGCAGCUUCUUCACCUGGCUCCUGCCGUUUUUCCGUCUAGGUUACUCUCGAGUGAUCCACAUCCAUGACAUGCCCGAAGUCGACGCAGAUCUCACCGGUGAGACGGCAGGUCGGGCAUUGGAGCUGUCUUGGGCAGCUCGCAAAGGCCAGAAACAUCACGCCUUGCUACGCGCGAGCUGCCGUGCUUACCGCGGGACCAUCUUCCUCGGGGUCGUCACCCGACUAUUCCUCACGGCGUUCACCUUCUGUCAGCCCUUCCUAAUCACAGCUACAGUGACUUUCAUGCAAACCCCCAAAACCCCACAGUCCGAAAAGUACGGCCGAGCGCUCGUCGGCGCGUAUGUACUCACCUACAUCGGGCUUGCCGUAUCGCGCGCAGCUUAUUCUCGGCAGCAGUACCGCUUCACCACGAUGAUCCGCGCAGGCUUGAUCGACAUCGUCUUCCGCAAGACUGUGUCGCUUAAAGCAGACGAGUUGAAGGAUAGCGCCGCGGUCACACUGAUGGGCACCGACGUUGAGAGGGUUGUGACUACUUUUGCCAUGUUUCACGAAAUCUGGGCCUCGGUUGUUGAGGUCGGGAUAGCGGUGUUCUUGCUGCAACAACAGAUCCAGAUUGCUUCCAUCGUACCGGUCGUGAUCUCAAUAUUUUGCGUUGUGGGAGUGGUCCCUAUUUCGAAGACUAUCGGGAGGGCCCAGACCGUCUGGAUUGAGCGGCUGCAGAAGAGAGUUGCGGUCACGGCCACGGUGCUUGGCGACAUGAAGGCCAUCAAGAUGCUUGGUUUACCCGAAGUCUUGUCUAGCGUCAUUCUCCAAUUACGACGCAUCGAGCUCAGCGGUUCCGAGAAGUUUCGAAAACUUUUGCUAUGGCAAGUCCUCGUUUCGAACCUGCCCAACGAAUUCGCACCAUUCGCUACGUUCGUCAUAUACAGCAUCAUCGCCUUGAUCACCAAAGACCAGACUCUGACUUCCACCAAUGCUUUUACCGCACUGUCUCUCAUCAACCUCCUGACUGACCCAUUGCUGAGAUUUUGUCAGUAUGUUCCCAACAUCGUGCAGGGGAUCGCUUGCUUCACGAGAAUCGAGGUCUUCUGUCUCAAAACCUCCUGGGCGCCGGAAAAGGGGCCAUCCUACUCUGAAGCUGGCGCGCCUGGUAACAGCGACGUUGAACUUACCACGCAGACUACUGUCCAAGGCCCAGAGGAUAUCAUCACCUCUUUCCAGGAUGCAACUAUUUCAUGGUCCUCUGAGACCGACGUUGUUUUGAGUCAUCUAAGCUUGCGUAUCAAAAGAGGCAUCACCAUGGUUGUUGGGCCGGUAGGCUGCGGAAAAUCUUGCCUACUUGAAAGUAUCUUGAGCGAGACGACUCUUCGUAGCGGCUCCCGUACAGCUCCUGUACUGAGCAUUGCGUACUGCUCGCAGAACCCGUGGAUAUUGAAUAACACAAUCAGGCACAACAUCACUGGCGGGUUGGAAUUUGACGCUAAAUGGUUUGAGCGUGUGCUGUGGCUGUGUUCUCUCGCGGACGAUGUUAGGAACAUGCCGGAGGAAGACGCAUACAAUAUUGGAAGUAAUGGCGUUGGGUUGAGCGGAGGGCAAAAGCAGCGAGUGACCUUAGCUCGGGCUAUCUACUCUAGACAUCUAGUGGUGAUUCUAGACGACACGUUCAGCGGCCUUGACUCUAGGACCGUUGGUCGGAUAUCGACUCGUCUAUUUGGUCAAGAUGGACACUUCCGGCAGAACGGUAUCUCUGUCAUUCUCGCAACUCACACACGCCACCUUCUACGAUUUGCUGAUGAAGUCAUUGUCCUUGAGAAUGGCGGAAUCCUCAGCCAAGGCCCAUACGAAAAGGUUCUCGCCACAUCAGCAGACGUAGUCGCGACCUCAGUGCCAGCAGAUGACUCGGCAGACUCCAUUUCCGAACAAGACACCGUGCCAUCUCCAAACGUGGAAAAAGAAGGCAACGUCGUUGUCUCUGACAACAAUGAAGCCGAUCGGCUGCGGCAAAAUGGGUCGUGGCUAGUCUACAAGUACUACUUUGAGCAAGGAGGAUGGGUCGCUUUUGGCCUUUUUCUGGCUUCUACAAUCACCGAGUCUUUUUGCGCCGGAUUUACAACAAUCUGGUUCCAAUGGUGGGUUGAAGCCAACGGAGAGGAGCCGAACCAAGACCUUGGCAUGUACCUAGGGGUCUAUGCUUUGUUGUUUCUGACCAACAUGUUCGCGCUUAUUUUGGAAUGCUGGGUGAUGUUUAUCCGCAUCAUCAACAACACCGCGACAGGUCUACAUGCAGAUCUCCUUCAGACAAGUCUAAAGGCACCACUUAGCUUUUUCCAGUCAACAGAUACUGGUUCCAUCACCAACAGAUUCAGCCAGGACCUUAACUUAGUGGACAUGACUUUGCCAUCAAAUGCUAUCAAUUUCUUCACCAACUCAUGCGCAUGCGUCAUAAAACUCAUAAUUCUCUGCGUCCUCGGAAAAUACCUCGCAUCUUCCAUCCCCCUUCUCGUGGCAGUCCUCUUUUUCGUCCAGCGCUAUUAUCUCCGCACCUCGCGCCAAGUUCGACUUCUCGACAUUGAAGCCAAGGCACCCAUGUACACACACUUCCUCGAGACUCUUAAAGGUGUAGCGACCAUACGCGCAUAUGGAUGGGAGAGCAACUUCGAGGCUCAGGCCUCGUCUCUUUUGAACCGCUCACAGAAGCCGCACUACAUGCUUGCUUGCAUCCAACAGUGGCUGGCGCUGGUUCUGGACUUGGUUGUCGGCGCCCUCGCCCUCAUCGUUGUUGCGAUGGCCACUUCACUAACGGACAAGUUUACCCCUGGAGCUGUCGGUGUGGCAAUGGUUUUAGUGCUGGGUUUUAACUCCGAUCUUGCAGUGACUAUCAAGAACUGGACAGCAUUGGAAACUUCUAUCGGGGCGGUGUCGAGAAUCAGAGAAUUCGCAAACGAGACACCAUCUGAAGAACGAGAGCUUGGCAGCAAUGGUGCACCUCCAGCAGGAUGGCCACUGAAGGGUGCUAUUAAGUUCGAGAACGUCACUGCUGGAUAUACUGCAAAUGCCGCGGCGACAUUGAAGAGCCUCUCCCUUGACAUUUCCCCUGGUCAGCGGAUUGCCGUAUGUGGGUCAUCAGGCAGCGGGAAAACGUCACUUGUUCUCUCGUUGCUGCAAAUGAUCGAGGUAACGGAUGGUAGGAUCUUCAUAGACGGCAUUGAUCUCUCCACUCUGGAGAGGUCUGCAGUCCGUUCGCACGUCAAUGUCAUCCCACAAGAGCCAUUCUUCAUGCCUGGAACUGUGCGUUUCAAUCUCGAUCCUCACUCACGAGCAAGCAGCGAGGGAAUCAAGACUGCUCUCGAUAAGGUUGGGCUUCUAAGUAGAAUCGGCAUGGCAGGCGGUCUUGACGCUGAAUUGGAGGCGGAUGGCUUCUCGGUGGGCGAGAGACAGCUUCUUGCGCUUGCUAGGGCUAUCAUUUCCAACAGCCAGAUACUGGUUCUUGACGAAGCUACAAGCAGGUAG